CCCAGGAGUCCCUGCAGAGCCAGUCGGGGUGGGUGCCUCUCCUGCUAGCUCUGCUACAUGAGUACACGACCAGCAACUCCCAGUGGCAGCCUUAUUUCUCCCUCUGGCAGGACUUCAGGAGCCUGGAUCACCCCAUGUUCUGGCCUGAAGAAGAGCGAACAAGGCUCCUGCAGGGCACAGGCAUCCCAGAAGCUGUGAACAAGGACCUGGCUAACAUCCACCUGGAGUACAGCUCCAUCAUCCUGCCUUUCAUGGAGUCCCACCCCAACAUCUUUGACCCCAGCCUGCAUACGCUGGAGAUGUACAAGCAGCUGGUGGCAUUUGUCAUGGCUUACAGCUUUCAGGAGCCUUUGGAGGAAGAAGAUGAAGAUGAGAAUGGGCCAAAUCCUCCAAUGAUGGUGCCCGUAGCAGAUAUUUUGAAUCACGUGGCCAACCACAACGCCAACCUGGAAUACGCUCCCCAAUGCUUACGGAUGGUCACCACACGGCCCGUCAGCAAGGGACAAGAGAUCUUCAACACAUAUGGGCAGAUGGCCAACUGGCAGCUCCUACACAUGUACGGCUUCGCAGAGCCCUACCCUGGCAACACCAAUGACACGGCCGACAUCCAGAUGGUGACAGUACGCAAGGCAGCACUGCAGUGUGCCAGAAGUGAAGCAGAGAAGCAGCUGGUCUCAGAGCAGUGGGACUAUUUGUGCCAACUGGAGAUGGUGGGGGAGGAAGGCGCCUUUGUGCUUGGCUGGGAUGAAGUGCUGACAGAGGAAGAGCUGUCCAUGACCCUGAAGGUGCUGUGCAUGUCUCAAGAAGAAUUCAAGGAGUACAAGGAACAAGAUGGCUGGGAAGAUGACAGUGAGGAAGAGGAAAACUCUACCCUUUCAAACGAGGCUCUUUCCAGACUUAAAACCCCUUGCAAGAAGCUCCUCUAUGACAGCGUGCUGCUGACCCUGGAGUCCUACGGGUCAGACUUGAAAGCAGAGCACGACUUGCUUUAUAACAAGGAGGUUUAUGAGAAACUGAGUCGAAGGGAGCAGCAAGCUUUGCACGUGCGCUAUGGACAGAAACGGAUCUUGCACCAGCUGCUAGAGCUGGUACACUAGAAACCUGGCUGCUCUGGAAAUGAAUGGCCUGGAACUGUGCUUGGGAAGGGAAGGUCAGCCUUUGGCCAUCUCUUCUACAGAGCAAGAAGAGAUGGCAAGAUUGAGUAUGGGCCCACUUGUCCCUCCUAUGACACAUGGCUUUUUAGCUACCUCUACAUAAACAAAGUUAUCUUCCACAGUGCAGAA